UGAGGCUACCGCGUUCCAAGAGCUGGGCGCUUCGCGUCCCGCGGCGGGCCUCCGCGCAUCAGCCCGGCGGGGGGCCCAGCCACAUGCGGCUGCGAGUGCCGCAGCUGUGAGUGCCGAAGCAAGGCACUUUUGGGACGCCCCGCAUGGGCCCAGGGCUGCGCCGCUGAGCCGCUCAGCCCGUGCGCCGCGGCGGGCCGUUCAGCGCAGACAGCGCCGCGCCCGCGAGCACGCAGGCCGCCUCUGCGCGGCACAGCAAGAAGGACCCCCCCCGCAGGGCGGCGGCCGCCACGCGCGGGGCCAGCAGCAUCCCGAGGGACUGCCCCAGGAACACCAGGCCAUGUUGGGGCCCAGGUGCUUCGUGCCGAAGUAGGCCGCCGUGGCGGCGGGGAACAGGGCGAAGGUGCCCCCGACGCAGAAGAAGAUGCC